AUGGCGACGCUUAAAUGGACGUGCGUACAGUUGGCCCAGGAGUUGCUUAACGAUGAUGAAAACGACGACGAUGAUAAUGCAAUCGCAACUGCCAUGAUAGUAGACAUAAUGCAAACCUACUCCAGAGAACCCAAAAAGAGAAUAAAAAGCUGUUGUGAGGAUGUGGUCUCAAAGUACUCAGAUUUCGACUUUAAGAGGAUUUUUAGGUUAUCUCGACCUACUUUCGAUACAAUAAAAGGCUUUUUGCAGGAUUGUCACGAACUUGUUGUUGAGGGACAAGGAAGCAGGGAACCAAUAUCUGUUGAAAAACAGUUAUAUGUCACGUUGUGGUACCUUGGUGGAUCAGACAGUAUAAUAAGAAUAGCGGACAGAUUUGGAAUAGCUGAAUCAUCGGUUGUUGUGUGCAGAAACCGGAUUAUUGACACUAUUUUAAAUAAUUUGAAGUCAAAGUUUAUUAACUGGCAACAUGCUGAAAUACUUGAACAAACCAUUGACAAGUUUCAUCAACGAAACGGAUUCCCGGGAGUUAUUGGGGCACUUGAUGGAACUCAUAUUUCUAUAAAAGCACCCACUGAAAAUCCCCAGUCUUAUAUUAAUAGGAAAGGCUAUUAUUCAUUACAGCUACAAGCAGUCUGUGACUCUGAUAUGAAGUUUUUGAACUGUUUCUGUGGAUAUGCAGGAAGCUGUCACGAUGCCCGCGUCUUGCGGAAUUCUGAUUUGUGGAACUAUGGCUUAGAGGUCUGUAACGGAAACCACAUCAUUGCAGACGGAGCAUACCCCUUAAGACGAUGGCUAAUGACGCCUUUCCGUGAUAAUGGACAUCUGUUGCAAGAACAGAAACAUUUACCUGCUUUCUGCCAAUGGGUAGUCAUUGAAAGAGCGUUUGGACUUCUAAAAGGCAGAUUUCGACGCUUACAUCAUCUCGAUGUACUCAGUAUUCAAACAGCAGUUAAAAUUAUCAUGUGCACUUGUAUUUUGCACAAUAUCUGUCUUAUUCAAAAUGAAGAUAUCGAUGACUAUAUGGAACCACCAGAAGUUGAUCAACCGCAAAUAUCUCAACUGUCUGUUCAGGAAAAUGAGACAGAGGGCAUUAUUAAGCGCAACAUACUUUGCAGAAGACUCAGAGGACAUUAGAUACAUGUACCAUACACAAGACAAUCACACAUUUAUUUGUUAAACUGACUUCCCCAAUGAUAUGCAUAUAUAUGUACAUGUAGACUCUGAUGAUCCUGUUUGUGUUGAAGUUUAAUUAUUAAUAAAACAAAUAGAAAA